AUAACCUCCCUCAAUUGACACUUCUUUUUUGUACCUUUGUACCUAUAUUAGUAAUAGUAUUUAAUGUGCUAUUUUGCUAUCAGUGCCUGCCAUCGAUUUAUUAGAUAGUAGCUUUAUAAUUAUACGUCCAUGGUACCUGCCUAUUUGUUAUCUAAAACUUUUUUACUAAGGUUUUAUGUUCCAGCCAUAAAAACGUAGUGAUUAUCUCUUGGAGCCAGACUAGCACAGCAGACUAAAAUAGUAUAUAGUCAUUAAAUAGUGAUCUGUGUGCUUAUUUACAAUUUAAUCCACAAAAAUUGUGCACUCUGAACUGUCCUUAUUUAGUUUUAAUAGUUUAUAUUAUUUACAAGAAACUGAGUGCCUGUUCUGUACUUAUGCUGCACAAGUUUUAUAAAUCGCUUCGCUCACUGCAUACUUUGGUAAAUAUUUCCAAAAACCAUAAAAUGAACCAAAAUAAGUGUUAUUUUAGAUACAUUGAAGAUGAGGAUACAAUUAAUAUAUCAUUUCUCCAUAAUGUAAAAGAUACCUUGCGGCAGUUUAAUUUAAACAGGAAAUCUUCUGAAACUUUACAAACAUUGUGUAUUCGCAUCGCAGCAAAUGUUCAGAAAAUUUGCAAUAAGAAAUCGAAAAAGAAAAGUACUGAUAGCGAUGCUGAUAUUGUAGUGAAGAUCUGUGACAAUAAACUGAAUCCUAUUUCUGAUGACAGUACUUGUUUAAAUCUAUUCAACUACCAGGAGCCACUAGUGUUAAAAAUUUCAGAGCAUUUAUAUGAUAUAGUAUUGAACGCUCCAUGGGUUAUCCGUUUUAACUUACCAAAGGCUAUUAUAGUAGGAUUUCCAGUGUAUCCUGAAAGUUUGAAUACACUUUAUACUGACCAACAACUAAGUAUUUUUAAAUGGUAUAAAGGAAAAGCCUACAAUGACAAAGGAAAAGCAAUUAGUGAUGCACACAUUCAAUGGCAGUUCAUUGUUGCUAGUUUCUACUACACUCCCACAACAGAUGAUAUUGGUUUUAAACUGAAAUGUGAAUUUAUUCCAGUGAACAGCACAGCUAUCGGCCCAGCUGUAGAAGAUAUAUCAAAGAAUGUGGUGGAAGCUGGACCUGGACCUUGCCCAUUUGAAAUACGGCAUUUAUUUACUACACAAAAAUUACAUGGCAAAAGCUUCCGAUGUGUUUCAUACAAUAUAUUGGCGGAUUUAUACUGUGAUUCUGACCAUACAAGAACAAUUCUAUAUCCAUACUGUCCACCCUAUGCUUUGCAUAUUGAUUACAGAAAACAGCUCAUUUUAAAAGAGUUGCAAGGUUACAAUGCUGAUGUAAUUUGCCUUCAAGAAGUAGACAGAAAGAUUUUUAAUAGCAGUCUAUUGUCAUUCUUGGCAUGUGACGGUUUAAAAGGAUUGUUUUAUAAAAAAGGUAAAUUGGUUGCCGAAGGCUUAGCAUGCUUCUACAGAGAAACAAGAUUUAAGUUAUUAGGAGACAAACAAAUAUUUCUAGCAGAAGCCUUGAAAAGUGAAGCAUGUUUAAAUAAAAUAUGGAAUACAAUUAGAAAUAAUGAGCCACUAGUUGCAAGAGUGCUAGACAGAUCAUCGGUAGCGAGCGCUACAUUCCUACAAUCAACUGAAAACCCAAACGAAAUACUUUUAGUUGGUAAUACACAUUUGUAUUUUCAUCCUGAUGCAGAUCAUAUACGACUAAUUCAAGGAGGAAUUGUAAUAUAUUGGUUAAGUGAUUUGCAGAAAAAAUUAACUAAAAAGUAUCCAGGAAAAAGAAUAAGUAUAAUUUUGUGUGGUGAUUUUAAUAGUACACCUUCAUGUGGAAUUUAUCAGUUGUUCACUACCGGGUCAGCACCAGAAAAUUUACCUGACUGGAGUUCUAAUGCCAAUGAAGCAGUUAAAGGUCUCAGCUUAGCACAAAACGUCCCACUGGACAGUGCCUGCGGAACCCCCCAGUAUACUAACUUUACAGAAGGAUUUGCAGACUGCUUAGAUUACAUUUUCUACGAAAAAAGCAAUCUUGUAGUGAAACAAGUUAUACCAUUUCCAAGUGAGGAGGAGUUAAAAGCGCACACUGCAUUACCCAGCAUAGUUUUUCCGUCUGACCAUAUUGCUGUUAUAUCAGAUUUAGAAUUUAAAUAAUUUGCAAUAUAUUACACGUCAGGUAAAAAGAGCUCUAGGCAACGAAAAUUUGAUUGACAAACCAAUAGCGCGGCGACACAAACUCCGUUGACAUCGCGCCUCACUCUGAAAUUCGAACCACCAUCGUAUAGAUCGACGUAUCACUCACAGGAAGGUCAAAAAUCAAAGUUAAUGGCUUUUAUCAUAGACAUAUACCAUUGUAUACUUUUUCAUUGUCAAUUCUUGAAUUUGCCUAAUGAAUUGAUGUAAUGGUGAUAGUAAAAUUAGUUACGUAAACUUAAAUCUAGAGCUAUAAAGGUUCCAAACGCGCCCUGGACUGAGAAGCCCACAACAAAACUCAGCCGGGUAUUCUUCUUAUUAUCACCACUUCACAAUAUUACAUAUAACAUAUAGCCAGAGUUAUUUUUACCAGACGCUGUUUCACUAAUUAGCUAGGUAUCUACUUAGACAUAAUAAUUUAUAUAAAUUGAUCCGGAUUUGUAAAUAAAAUAUUUACUAAGUGUAAAAUAUAUUAUUUAGCUACAUUUAAUAUUGUA